AUGCCACCAAAAUUCGACCCUAGCGAAGUCAAAGAAGUGUACAUGAGAUGUGUAGGAGGAGAAGUUGGUGCUACAUCUUCUCUUGCUCCGAAAAUUGGUCCAUUGGGUUUGUCUCCCAAGAAAGUCGGUGAUGAUAUUGCCAAGGCUACAUCUGACUGGAAAGGUCUAAAAAUCACUGUUAAAUUGACCAUCCAAAACAGAGUGGCUACAAUAUCUGUUGUCCCUUCUGCAUCAUCAUUGGUGAUCAAAGCUCUUAAGGAACCACCACGUGAUAGGAAGAAGGUCAAAAAUGUUAAACACAAUGGAAAUGUAACUUUGGAUGAAAUUAUUAACAUUAGUAGAACAAUGAGACCAAGAUCAAUGGCCAGAACUUUGGCUGGAACCGUAAAAGAAAUUUUAGGAUCAGCUCAGAGUGUGGGUUGUACUGUUGAUGGAAAAAAUCCACAUGAUAUCAUUGAAGGAAUUGAUGAUGGUGCCGUAGUUGUUCCGGAAGAAUAA